AUGGCCCUGGACUGUUGGUUACUUGCAGUCAGACAAACAACACAAACUCAUGACUCUACGCAUAAACAGGAGAACCUCGCUACUUUCCUGACAUUUCAGCCCCGGUUUGAUUCUUGUUCAACUCGGAGAGAGAGCGGCGACAUGUUUGGGAAGAAGAAAAAAGAGCCAGCAUCGCGAGGCCAAGGCGCUGCAGCUGCCAGACAGAUGGGGCUGUUCAUGGACCCAGAGGAGAUGAUGAAGGGGAUGGAGGAGCACCUGGAGGAAAACCUGGACGACCCGGAUCUGGAGGCAGAACUGGCAGCAAUCACCGGAGGGAAAGCUUUAGCCAGAGGGAGAGCCAAGCCCAAAGGGAAAGCUCCGUUGCCGAUGGAGGACAUCGCUCGAAUGGCGGACGAAUGUUUGAGAGACGUGGAGGACGACGACAGUGAUGACGAUCCGGAAGAUGAUGAAGAUCUGUUGGCAGAGCUUCAGGAAGUGGUGGGUGAAGAGGAUGAAGAAGAAGAGGAGGAGGAGGAAGAGUCGAGUGAAGCCGGGACUCCAAAUACUCCAGCACUGCAGCAGCCUCCUGAAGCUGCUGUGUCCUGUACUGCCCCCCCCGCGGCCCCUGCCUCCCCCAUGGCCCCUGCCCCCCCCGCGGCCCCUGCCUCCUCCGCGGCCCCCGGCUCCCUGCAGCACACUCUGGAGGAACGGCUCUGCAUGUAUCAAACUGCUCUGAGGAACGCCACCGCAGCAGGAGACGCCUCCAAAGUCAGGAGACUCCAGCGAGGGAUCAAGUCCAUCCAGUCUAUGUUGACGGCGGUGAAAAAGGGUCGGCCUGUGAAUGAGGCAGAGAUCCCUCCUCCCGUAGCGACCGGAGCUCCACGGCCAGCUCCACCCGCACCCAGCCCUUCCUCAGACUCAGCCCCAGCCCAGGCCUCUGUUCCCGGGGAAGAGUCUGAGGCCCCGUCCCCCUCUACAGCCGCAUCAGAGACCAGAGCGGAGCCCAGGGCAGAGAGGGAGCAGGCCACUUCAGAACCUACCCACAAUGCAUUGCCAGAGGAAGAGCCAAGCAGUGCUGGAGGAGCAGGAAAUGAAGCCACUCGGACGCUGCUUCUGGACAGACAGAAGGAAUACAAGAUGGCCGCCCUGACAGCAAAGAGACAGGGAGACAAGGAGCAGGCAAUGCAGCUCUUCAGGAUCAGCAAGGGGUUUGAUGGAUUGUUGGAGGCGUUGGGGAGAGGAGAGACAUUGGACCUCAGUAAUCUCCCUCCGUCUCCAGGACACGCACCUGGAGGAAACCCUGCUGUGGAAGAACCUCCUAAAACUACACCACCGACGCCCUCUGCUGCUCCAGUGGCCCCGCCCCCUGCUCCUCCUAAAGACGCUCUGGAAGCUCUGGAGCAAAGAAAAGCCAAGUAUCUGGAAGCUUCGACUCAGGCCAAAGCCAACGGGGACGAACGCAAGGCUCGAAUGCACGACCGCAUCGCUAAGCAAUACCAGAGCGCCAUUCGGGCGCACAAGGCCGGAAAAGCUGUUAAUUUUGACGAGCUCCCAGUUCCUCCGGGUUUCCCUCCGAUCCCAGGACAGAAGCCUCCGGAGGCAGAGCAGGGCCUCGCGGUGGCUCUGGAGCAGGCUCAAAAACUGGCUUCUGCUGAUGUCAACGAAGCAGCAGCAGACGAGGAGGGAGACGAGGGAGACGAGGGGGAGCCAGAGGAGCCUAAAAAGCUGCUUCUGGACCUGCCCCCAGCUCCACAGAAGAAGACUCCAUCACCGGACAGAAGCUCACAGAAGGACAGCCCCUCCCCCACAGGGGCGGAGCAGCUGGUGCUCCUGGAGAACAGGAAGAAGCAGCUCCUGAAGGCGGCGCUUCAGGCCAAACACAAGAACGACCUGGAUCAGGCCAAGACUCUGCUGCGGAGAGCCAAGGGAUUAGAACCCAUGAUCGAAGCAGCACGAGAAGGCAGAGCUGUGGACACGAGUCAGAUCCCGUCUCCUCCCGGCGACGAAGACGACGACUUCAUCAUCGUUCAUCACAGCGACGUCCAGAUCUCAGAGAAGUCAGAGGAAGUUUACACUCAGCUCAUAAAGAUCCUGAAGGACCAGUACGAGAAAUGUAUGAACCACUCACAGCAGUUUACUCACCUCGGCAACGUCACACAGACCAGCAAGUUUGAGAAAAUGGCCGCCAGCUGCAGGAGCGGUCUGGAGGAGCUGAGGCUGAGCCAGAGUCAGGGCCUGCCGCCUCCAAAGCACCACUUUGAGGAGAGAGCCUUCCACACGGCCGGUAUCUUCCCAGAGCUGAGCAGCACAGAGAUGGUGGUCGUUAUUGUCAAAGGGAUCAACUUACCUGCCCCUAGUGGAAUUCAGACCAACGACCUGGACGCAUUUGUCAAGUUUGACUUCCCCUUCCCCAGUGCGGAGCAGCCACAGAGACACAAAACUACUGUGGUCAAGAACACCAACUGUCCAGCUUACAGUCUAUGA